AUUGCUAGUAUAACGGUAGAUAACAAGUUGUCCAUGACUUGUACCAGCGCAUGGGAAGUUUGUAGUUGGUUGUACGGUGUACCCACGUGCAUUGUAUUUAAUAUCUUGUGUAAUUUCAGUAAUUUUUUAUAUUUGUAAUUAUAAAUACGACAGAUUAAAGGAAAUUCAACUUUAAAUAAUUGUGAAGAAAUUCAAAAUGGCAGACGGAGAUGCUAAUGGUGUUCAAGAAAAAACGGCGCCCAGUCUAAACGACCAAAUUGUUCGCCAGAUUGAGUACUAUUUUGGAGAUAUAAACUUGCCAAGAGACAAAUUUCUUCAAGAACAAAUAAAAUUGGAAGAUGGUUGGGUUCCACUCGAAGUAAUUCUGAAGUUUAAGCGCCUCUCAAACCUCACAACAGACCCUGAUGUCAUAGUGACAGCUCUGGAAGCAUCGGAACUCAUGGAGGUUAGUGAUGAUAGAAAGAAAAUUCGUCGUAAUCCAAAUUCCCCGUUGCCGGUAUUCAAUGAGGAACGACGCAAAGAACUCAUGACUCGAACCGUUUACUGCAAGGGGUUUCCUGCGGAAGGAACGACAUUGGACAAGUUGCUUGAUUUCUUCAGUUCAUAUGGUCCAGUCGAUAAUGUUCAGAUGAGAUCAUACAUAGAUAAGGCAACAAACAAAUACAUAUUCAAAGGAUCAGUGUUUGUUAUUUUUAAGACUAAAGAACUGGCAGAAGAUUUUUUGAAAGAGGAUGUCAAGUAUGGAGAUAUAGAACUAAUAAAGAAAUGGCAAUCCAAGUAUCUUGAACAAAAGAAGAAGGAACAUGCCAUGAAAAAGAAGGCGGGAAAGAAAGAAGCGAGUAAUGCCAAAGCAGUAGCAGAAGGGGAGCAAAAGAAGGACAGUCUGCCUAAAGGAGCAAUUUUACAUCUGAAAGGAAUUAAUGGUGAGACAACGCUGGAGAAUAUAAGAGAAAUACUAUUGAAAGAAGGUUUGGAUGUUGCUUUCAUCAACUUUUCCAAAGGAAGUGAGGAGGCGUGGGUAAGGCUGCUGGGUGAAAAUUCAGCAAAAGAGUACGUGAAGAAACUAAAGGAUGGUAAAUUGACAGUGUGCGGCACAGAACUUGAUGCAAGAUCUCUGGAAGGUGAUGAAGAAGUGAAGUUUUUGGAGAAAGCCAAAGAUCAAAUGAAGAAGAGACAGCAGAAUGUUAGAAAAAAGAAAAACCGCAAAGGUGGACGAGGUGGAGGUCGAGCUGGAGGCAAGAGUGGGUUCAUGGGCAAGAGGAAAAGAAGUCCAACACGUGAUACUCCGUCAAAGAAACAGGAUACGAACGAGACAAACAACUGAAGCCAAAGCAACAGAAACUGUGAAAUCAGAUAAAAAGAAUCACCAUUAAUGUUACACACGUUAUAUCAGUGAUUAGAUCUGUAUGAGAACUUCUGUGCAUUAGUUCUGUAAUGCAGUAUCAUAAUGUUAAAUGUCACUUUUCACUUCAAAUUGGUUUCCAUAUAAAAUUCUGAAACGUUAGUUCUGUUUCACAACACCUUAACCUGAUGCAGUAGGGGUUUCAGGAAGAUAAUUUUGUUUUGAAUUCUUCUUCAUUUGAGUACUUUGUCAGACGUUUGUGCAAAUGAUAGCAUGCAUUUGUCUUUUUAGGAACUCUUUUAAUUUUGAUCAUGUAAGGGUACAAUAGAAAAGUGUUUAGUUUUGUAUUUUCCCCCCCCCCUAGUAAGGUCCAUCUGUGAGUGUGUGUAUACCCAAUUGUAUCUCACAAGGAUUUUCUUCUUGAUUUUGGACUGGAGCCAUUUCUUGAACCUUAUUCAAAUUUUUAUACUGACUCAAGUUUUGUACUUGCAUGACAAGACUUGUUGAGGAUAUGGUUUGUGCUAUUUUCUUCACUUCCUUUAGGAAGUAAUUAUUGCUUCCUCACAGGGGUCUGUGUUCCUUACAACGGCAGUGACAGUGCCAUCAUAAAAUACAUCUAGGUAUGUGAACAGUCGUGACUACUUGUAAAUGCCCAAUGCACUUGUAGUAGCAGUAAGUACACACCACUUCGAUUUACAAAGUCUAUUGCAUAAGUACAGUGAUGUCUAUAGGGUCACCUUUUUGGAGACAGCAUGGUUGAACAUUGGAAUGAAGGGAAACCUUAAAUGGGAGAAGUUUUUAAUGCUGAUACUUGUAGUGGAAUAUGAAAUUGAGAUUCCAGUAUAAUAAGGCUCUGAGUGAAGUACUGUAAAUAUCUUACAUGUGACAUUUAAAAAAAUGCAGUGAAGUUGAAAAUUUGGUUGUUUUCAUUUCUGUUUAAUGAUACCAAAUCAUGUUUAAAAUUGUAACCCAGUAGCCAUUAUAGGAGACGUGCAAUGAUGACCAUUCUUGAUAGUUUUCAGCAUAUUGUAUGGAGUAUGGCCUCCAGGAAGAGCUGCAGCAAGCAUGAAAAAGAAGUAAUGAAGGAGGCUACUGUACAACCCUUAUAAAACACCUUCUAUGAAUAGUACUUAGCUUAAUUUUCCAAGGUGCCAUAUAUUUCAUGUGCACAGUACAAUUGAGGUGUAAAGUAACUGCUUUUAUAGAUACUGUAUGUAUAGAAAAUUUAAGAAUCCUGUAAGAGACUUAGAUAUAUCUUAAUUUCCAAUAAAAAUUAACCUCUG